UUAUAAUUUAUAGCUUUUCAAUUUGUUUUAUGAUUUAAUCGCGAGUAUAUAAAUCGUUCGAAAUCGAAGAAAUUGACUCGUGACUGCCCUGACAUUGACCGCACAUCAUUCGUCAGCGCUGAUUUUCCCGCGCGAUAAUGCGCGUCAGGUGUCAGUCGACUGCCGCUUGUCGUCGCGCGUGGAUCGUUAGAAAAAAAGGGGGAACACGACGGCGUCUUAAAUCUUUCGCGAAAACGAAACCGAAUAUCGCGACGGUAGUGGUGUUGAUAAGCUGAGAAUGUCAGCGUAAUACGUUCACACCAUCGAUACAGGUUUGAGGCGUGUCUUUUGUCAAAAUAUUCGAGUGAAGCAUGACUGAGAAGACGACGACGUUGACGGAAUUCGAGGAAAACGUGUCGUUCGACGCCGAUGAUCCAGACUUCGCGCCCUCGUCUUCGGCCGUACGUGACGUUCUUCGGGAUGUGCGGCGUUUCGUCAAGUUCGACGUUAAUAAAAUGCCCACUUAUCAGCGCAACAUGUCGGUCACUUCCGUGCAGCCAGCCAGCACCGAGAGCCUCUCCCGCCAUGGAAGCAACAUCUCGUUAUCCUGCCAUAGUUUGUGCGGGAGCGUGGACGACGGUCUGCAAGGCUCGCAUCCUCAAUACCAGGACACGAUCCUCACGAUCGAGGAGCUGCGCGCCCAGCUGAACUCCUGCUUUACAUGCGGAGUAUCGUGGAGUGAGGAACACGUCUCCCUGGACUGCAGCGAAUGCGGUGGCUACUCCUUACAACGGCCGUGCCCGCUCUGCGACGGCCGUUGCCGCACCGUGUGGAAGCGUGACCUCACCAUGUCUCACGCGAGCGGGAAGGCGAGAUGGAUCGGCGAGUGUGGGCUGAGUUGCGGACCCUCCUUGGAAGAAUCCUUGGUGCCGGCGCUGGAGAAGCUGCGGGCUACCUCGUGAACGGCGCCGGUCCAAGUACCGCCAACCAUGCACAAGACUUAAAAUCCAUCACCAUCCAUCUAGCGUCACCCACCACCAUCGCGCGUGAGACUCAAGAGAGAAAGGAAGAGAGAGAAUGUGUGAAUGUGGACCGCGGAUGAAUAUGCAUUAUGUUCCUGAGGAGAGCAGCUGACAAAAGAGAGGAGGCAGGAGGAGCCUGUCACGGGCUCCCGUAACUUCCUGCCCGAAGAUGCAAAGCCGGACUCAGCUGGUCUCUUGACAUCGGGGACCAUCGUCGUCAUCGUCGUCGCCCCCGCCGUUCAGGCGGAAGUUACAAAGCUGUGCACGAUCGACGUCCAAAGUCUGCGAAGGAUUUCUACGAUGUACCGAAGGAUAACUAUAUUACGCGAUUAUAAUAGACAUUAUAGAGAACUGCUUUUGCCGCGAACCGAUUUCAAUUUAUUCUCGGAUUUAUGCCGAUUCAAUCUACCGUUUACUUCGAUUCCUUCUCUGUUCGGAAUUAAGAUUUCUCAUUGGGAAAUAUAGUUUUUUUGUCGCUGAGUUAGAACUAUUAUACGAAGUUAGAAACUACGAGAUUGAUAAUUUUGCGCUUCUGCUAAAAAGAAUUGAAGAAUCUUAUAUAGAAAUUUCUGCUAAGAAAACAUGUCGGUGUAUUCGAAGCAAGCUUGAUUGUUCCCUUUAGUAUAUUCUGUCUCGGCGGUUCAAGUAGAGACGUGUAGCAUCGACGAAGGGCGACCAGGUAUGAAUUGUACGCAAUACGCUCGGUUUCCGGGUGCAUCUCGAUUUAUCCGGCUCGUAUGCAAUGUUCGAGAUGCGAACUUCGCACGAAGAAAAGUAAGAGUAUGAAUAGUCUGAGAGUUUACGUAGAUACGAACGAAGCAUCUUGCUUUUAGCUCUGAUUGGAAUAACAUGCGAAAUAUGAUGAAUCGACAUCUUGGCAGCUGGAACGACGUGCUUCCAAGAUAUCGAUUUACGCGCUAUAUGUGUCCGUUGUAAAAGUGAAUUAGCUUAUAGCAGAAUUGAACUUUCCGAUGCGACUUCCGCUUCGCGUGCGUUAAACAAGAGGACGUACUGCACUUGAAUCGGUCGAUUGAAAAAAAAUGAACAUGAGUCUAUCAUUUUAAAAAAUUAAAAUAGCUGACUUACAAAGUCUUACAAAAACGUUACGAUAUAAUGUCCAUUUAUCUGUUAUCUGAAGAUAAUGUUUUAGAAAUGUAUAGUCCUUUAUUAUUCCUGAAAUAUUUUUAAUUUCUACGUCAUGACAGUCUCGAAACAAUCGAUUCAUUUGUAGAAAAUUCAAUUUCCUGAUUGUUACGGAUAUUUUCAAUUGUUUUAUAUCAAUAGAAAUUCUAAGUCGUCCAAACGCGACGUUAAAUCGCGACAUCGACGUACUUAAUGACGAUGGCUUAGAUCUUCGGUCGUCCCUACAACAAUCCGAAGAGCUGGACUUUCACUUUACUUUUUUACGUAACGAAAGUUACACCUCGGCCUCUACGUCGCGUGAAAGAGCGCGCAUCUGCAUAACUUAGGAUAAUUAUUAGGCGACAAAUAAUCGAUCGAGCGAUCUGAGGCGGGGAGAGCCUAUUUACGGGGCUCGUCUUUCGCGCGAGAGCACGACGUAUCGAUUUUGUAGGUAAAAUAAUUAUUCGGUAUCGCUUAAUUGUCACAAUUGUAUCAUCGGCGAAGUAAUUCCGAGCUUUGCGACUGUAUACGAUAAAAAAGGAAAAUUAGUCGAAGUUUUCGUCUCCUUAGCGGGGCUUUAGUCUUAAUGUGACGCGACUUAAUCGUCAUAGUCCUAAGGAUCGAUAGGCAAUCGGUGUUACGAAUCCGAGAAAUAUAUUAAUUUCCACAAAUAGAACUAGAGAAUUUUCAAGCGUUCUUGCACGUUGAAAUUGGUACGACGAGAAAAACAAAAAAAACAGUAAAUAAUACAAUUAUAACUAUCCGUUUCUAUCGUAACGGAAACUUAUGCGAAUUUCCUUGGGUCUAUGAAAAGUUUCGAAAGAAACUUGAUUGUAUUUAUAGCGUUUCUCGACAAAGAUACGUCUUGCUCGUUUUAAAUCGCUUUAAAUCCGCUUUCAUGGCAAGCUUUCUUGCCACGUUGGUUGGAAGCGAAGCUCGUCCUCGAGUGCGUGUGAAGUCACGCAAUUCAAUAGUAGAUUCGACAUAAAAAACAUUGCGAGUGCCAAAAUUGGAAACGUGAAAUUUUUUAGAAAAAUCUCUCAGAAAAGCCAAAUCAAAGUUACUUUUCUAACAAUGCUUUCUGGGCAUCCUGAUGAAUAUUUAUAUAUAUAUUUGAUAUUUUAGUAAUGUGUGAAGAAACAUAGAAAUUAAUUAAAGAAUUCUUAAAGACGUUCAUUUUUUAUACAUAAGAUAUGCAUGCAUUUAUAGCUUCUCGUGAUGCUCUUACCAUAUUUAAUGCGGUGCUUGCAGGAUUUUUUCUGUCAAAUCAUUUUAGGAAGCAUUUACGUCGUGCCAAUAACUUUUUCGGAUUUUUAUCAUUGUUUUAUAAGAAUCCCGUGCCGAAGCCUUUCUUAGCAAAGUGUAGGAACAAAAAGACGAAUCGAUUUUCCUCGGCAGCGCGUAUACCAAUACAUAUAUAUUGCGAGUGCGAGUACAUGUUCAUUAAAAACGCAUCUUCAUUUAUUAAAUUAAACUGUAAUGUGUAAAACUUUUCUGGAGUAUUAGCUCGCGGCGAGCUUUAGUUUAAUGCUUUAGAAAGUGUCCUCGGUAGUAGUUUUUAUUUAAUCUGCGAACUUCUUAUUUAUGACGAAUACUGCAACAGUAUGGGUUUAAUAAAUACAUAUAAAAAUUCA